AUGGAAGAGUCAGGUCAUACCUAUGCUGGGAUUCGCUUUUUGCGAGGUAAUUGCGGAGUGGCUGUUGUGCGCAGUGGCGAAGCUAUGGAGCGUGGUCUGCGCGACUGCUGUAGGUCGAUUAGAAUAGGCAAGAUUCUUAUACAAACAGCUGAGGAAGCUGAUCAAACUGAGGCCAGGGUCUUCUAUGCCAAACUUCCGCCCAAUAUUGAGAGCCGGAAAAUAUUGCUUAUGUAUCCUAUACUCGGUGAGCUCUUGUCUUUUCUUUUCCAUUUUAAUUAUACUUAUUCACUAUUUCUAUCCCAAACAUACUUUUUAUAA